AUGCAGGUGAUGGCACGUAGCGGUCCCACAAGUAGUGCAAGGAAAGACAGAGCCGGAGAGUACUGGAGAAGCGUCGUCAAAGACCAGCCUCUGCCGGCGGCGAUUCAAUCCCUCGUCCUCGUCGAACUUGCCGACAAACACAACGGAGCACGUGCUUGCGAUACGGAGACUACUUCCGCCGUCGUCAAUGAUCAUAAAGGCCACGUGUCGAAAUUCACAUCGGAGCCUCAAGUGUCACGGUACGAAAACGACAUCAACGUAUCGGGCAAGUUCGCUAAGGAUUUCAAGUCAGAACCUCAAGUGUCGGAGUAUGAAAACAACAUCAACCCUGGCAAGCUUACGAAGGAGUUCAAGUCGGAGCCUCAAGUGUCACAGUACGAAAACGACAUCAACAUACCAGUAGCUGGUAAGUUUGCGAAGGAUUUCAAGUCGGAGCCUCAAGUGUCGGAGUAUGAAAAUAACAUCAACCCCGACAAGUUUACGAAGGACUUCAAGUCGGAGCCUCAAGUAUCACAGUAUGAAAAUGACAUCACCGUACCAAUAGCUGGUAAGUUUGCGAAGGAUUUCAAGUCGGAACCUCAAGUGUCGGAGUAUGAAAAUGACAUCAUCUCCGGCAAGUUUACAAAGAACUUCAUGUCGGAGCCUCAAGUGUCACAGUACGAAAACGACAUCAACAUGCCCGCUGGUAAGUUUGCAAAGGAUUUCAAGUCAGAACCUCAAGUGUCGAAGUAUGAAAAUGACAUUAUCCCCGACAAGUUUACGAAGGACUUCAAGUCGGAGCCUCAAGUGUCACAGUAUGAAAACGACAUCAGCGUACCAGCUGGUAAGUUUGCAAAGGAUUUCAGGUCGCAACCUCAAGUGUCGAAGUACGAAAACGACAUCAACCAUGACAAGUUUACGAAGAAUUUCAAGGCGGAACCUCAAGUGUCACAGUAUGCUAACGAUGUGACGCCACCCAAGAAGGGUUUUGCGCUGGAGUCGAUCGCCAUGGUCAUAGCUGUCUGA